AUGGAAUUAGCGGUAGCUUUACCUUUCCUCCUAAUGGAUCCUGAAUUAUCUAUGAUCCUAACACCUGAUGAGAUGAACAUAAUAAACGAUAUUUUUCUGUGUGAUAAUGAAGUUUGUUCAAAAUGCUUACCGUCGCAAUCAGCAUCCGAGAACAGGAAAUCGAUAACAUACGCCAAUUCUGAAACAGCCAGGAACAUCAAUAAGUCUAGAUUCGACCGUGCUGUCUGUAAAAUAUUAAAAGCAUUUGAGAAGCACAUCGACGUUCUUCGUAUGAGCCCUCAUUAUAAAUGCUUCUCGCUAUCGCCAGCCUUACUUUUCCACCACAUCCGUUAUUUCUUAGAGCAAUAUAUUUUGUGUAGAAUGUCUCUCACACCAGAACAAGCGAGGAGUAAAGAGUUGCAUUACAGAAACCUUUGGCGCUGUCAUAGGAAAUCUAUCGAAGAUAUCGUUAUGUUUACCUGCGACCUGGAAAAACAACGAGCCGAUCACCAAGAAAUGCUGGAGAAUGUGGUCAAGCAUUAUAAGAAAAAUGUAAUUACCAUCGACAAGAUCGAUAAUAAAUGCAACGAAGACGUCGCAAACAUAACUACCAGAUAUGAGAGGAAACAAUUGGAUUUGUAUAAAGCAUGGAGGCUCGAGCAAAAAGAAAUACAAUUGGCAUUGGAGAACGCCAUGGAUGAUCUCGAGUCUUUAAAACGGAUGAAUCGAGAAUUAGAAGAAGACAUCCGUGAACGGAGGUCAGUGGUUGAAUCGGAAUUAUUGGCGAUAAUAAAUACAUAUGACACGGAAAUCGGCAGUAAACAUCGAACGCUCGAGGAGCUCUCUAAAACUUAUGAAUACGAUAAAUCGGAGAAACACGCGUUACAGAACGAGAUCGAACGGCAAGAGGCAACGUACGUCGCUUUCGUUAAACGAAAAGAGGAAGCCGAGAUGAUGCUUUUUCACGAGCGCUUGACUGCCUUUCAACGAGAACGCGCGGCGAAGUUUAUCCAACGGUGGUGGCGCAAAGUAUUCCGAAGGAAGAAAAAGGGUAAGAGAAGAGUUAAGAGGAAAAGAACGUAACUUGCGUGUCGCCAUUGCGACAUUAUCGAAGCGCAAUGCGCGUUAUAUACGUUGCGGGGUUUGUUUUGAGGACUUUCGCUGCGAAUUCCACUUUGGAAUUAGUGUGCGAACUCAGACGGAACUAAGAAUCAGAAUGACGAGAAAAUGGCUGCAAAAACUUACUUUUCGAUCGUAAUUUAUUGACCGCGCUCGGCAGAACGCUUA